UUCAUCAUUCAUCAUUCAUCCACUGGCUCUAUCAAACCCGGAACAUCGCUGCCGCAUGUCCUUGAGACUUUGUUGACAAAUUUGUUGAUUUCUGUUUAGGCGUGUAUAGUCUACUAUUAUCGAGUAGUGUUUAAUAAUCUUGUUGUAGUUUUAAUAAUAUGGUUCUGUGGUGUUCAGCACGGUAUGCUAGUAAGGGGCGUGCUGCCGUAGGCGUAUUAUUAAAGCAAACCUUUGACAGUACCCGCGGCAGUACUACUCGGCCGGCAACCCAGAAACUUUAUUUUUCGUUGACUCGUAUUCAAAGCUCAUACUAUUCCUCCUCCACCGAACCUGCUAAAACUCUUUUAUCUGUAAAUGAAUUAAAGUCACUCUUAGAAUCUGAUAAGAAGAUACGACUACUAGAAUGCGGACCAAAUUUGAGCAUAAAAGAGCUGUAUGAUGAAGCACACAUAGGCGGUUCAACAUUCUUUAAUGUUGGCGCAUGUUCCGAGCUGAAAAAUGAAUUGUGUCUCAAGUACAUGCUUCCCGAUCCGGCGUUGUUUAGUGACUACGUUGAGCAGCUUGGCGUGAGCAACGAUAGUCAUGUUGUUGUAUGUGAAAGACAUGACAAGGGCUUCUUUUAUGCGCCAAGAGUGUGGUGGAUGUUCCGCGUGUUCGGUCAUGACCAAGUAUCCAUUUUAAGUGGUGGAUUAGGAAAGUGGUUGGCAGCAGGGAAUGCACUUACACGUGCCACUACCCAUGUGCAGCGUGGCAACUUCAGAGCAGAGUAUCGGCCGGAACUUGUACGCUCAUACAAUGACAUUGAAAAGCUGGUGAUCGAUGGAAGUUUGUCCAAAAGUGUACAGCUGGUGGAUGCUAGAAGUCAGGGCAGAUUUGAAGGAUGGGAGCAAGUUCCUGGUGAGGCUGUUGGGGCUGGACAUGUGCCCGGAUCUAUUAGCUUGCAUUAUGCUGCUUUUAUGGACCCAUUUACCAAGACAAUGCGCUCCGAGGAUGAUUUAGAAAAGAUACUGAAGUUUAAAGGCGUAGACCUGAAUAAACCAAUAGUAGCUACAUGCGGACAGGGUAUCACAGCCUGCUUUAUAUCACUAGCAGCAUUCUUACUGGGCAAAAAGGAUGUGCCCGUCUAUGAUGGGUCAUGGAAUGAGUGGUUUGUACGUGCCAAGAAGGAGCACAUACAGGAGUUAGAAUAGAUUGCCAUCAACUAUUGGCUUGAUAAAAUAGAACUGACAACCAUCUCGAUCCUUUGUAAUGAAAUUGUUAAUCAUGAAAAUUAAUCUGUAACAUGUAAAGUGCUAGUGAGCUCUCACUCUCGGACUGAACUGAUUAAAUAUAAAUUGUUAUUACUAAUAGUGAAUUGAGUGGCAAAUUAGGAAGGGUAUGAUAUAAUGUUAAAUUAUAAAAAAAAAAUAUCAAGCCCAUAUUUUUGAAAUCAUUGAGGUUAUUGUAAUUAAUAUUAAAGUUUUUGCUAUUGUUAUAAAUUUACUUGUUCUUUGUGUGCAUUCGUAAAUGUACGUCAUUGUAUAAGUGAAAAUUGCAAGUAUAAAUUUAAUGACUGUUUUUAAUAACCAUCAAA